GGUGAGGAAGCUGAGGCACAAGGAGAGUGUGUGACUUGACGGUGGUCCCACAGUUUGUGGACAGCAGCCAGACCAAAAUCGAAUGACACCAACACUGUUCUCACGCUGCCUGUCCAGAUGAGAAAUUUAUAUUGUCAGCGUAAUAUCUGUGAGUCUGAACAACGCUGAGAGUAUAUAAACCCAGUGGGCUCGGCUGCACAAGUACAGGGCUCAGGACAAAGCACAUCCAGAGGUCCGAAAAGGGGGCUUGCUCUCUCUCCACCUGCUCUGUUCCAGUCAGAAGGCAGCAAAAAUGAAAAGCAUUUACUUUGUGGCUGGAUUGUUUGUAAUGCUGGUACAAGGCAGCUGGCAACGUUCCCUUCAAGACACAGAGGAGAAAUCCAGAUCAUUCCCAGCUCCUCAGACAGACCCGCUCAAUGAUCCAGAUCAGAUGAGUGAAGACAAGCGCCAUUCCCAGGGCACAUUCACCAGUGACUACAGCAAGUAUCUGGACUCCAGGCGUGCCCAAGAUUUCGUGCAGUGGUUGAUGAGCACCAAGAGAAACAAGAAUAACAUUGCCAAACGUCAUGAUGAAUUUGAGAGACAUGCUGAAGGGACCUUUACCAGUGAUGUAAGUUCUUAUUUGGAAGGCCAAGCUGCCAAGGAAUUCAUUGCUUGGCUGGUGAAAGGCCGGGGAAGGCGAGAUUUCCCAGAAGAAGUCGCCAUUGUUGAAGAAUUACGCCGCAGACAUGCCGACGGCUCAUUCUCUGAUGAGAUGAACACGGUUCUUGAUGAUCUUGCCACCCGGGACUUUAUAAACUGGCUGCUUCAGACCAAAAUCACUGAGAGGAAGUAAGUACAAUACUCUUCAAGAUCAUCUUCAUAUCACCAGCCAGCCACGUGGGAUAUUUGAAAUUUCAAGUUCUGUAAAUUUAAGACAUGUAUUCUGAAACCAUAUUGCUUUGCAUGCCAAUAAAUAAAUAAAUUUUCUUUUAAUGUUGUGUAGCCAAAGAUUGUACAUGGAAUAACCAUUGUCAAAAUAUUGCUAAAAUACCAACUUUAAAAUAUGAAAAUGCAGAAUUCUCUCAUUUUCUUAUUUUGGAUGAAGUUCCCUAACCUGCUUACAUUAGCAAUGAAAUUAUUUUUCUGAGGUCUAAUUUGUACAUAUAAAUUAUUUUAAUCAUAAUAUAUCUGCAUUUUAAUGGUAGGAUAAGGGAGGUCUAGUAGUCACAGUGGUAAAACUGGGAAGAGACAUUCCUCUUGAAAUGUUUGUCAUAAAAGUGCUCUGCCUUCACUAUAUCGAAGGUAGAUAAAUAAAAUUUUCAAGCUUCU